UGGUGACCGGAUGCGAAAUGGAGAGCAAAACUGGACUAAACUUGUCACAAGGGGGCAGGCUGUCUGAGCGCAGUAGACACCACCCUUUCAACUCGCACUGGUUGGAUUCUGCAUUGCAUGAGACGCUUUUACCGGGGUCACCAUGGGAAAAGGUGCAUGCUAGCGUCAGUGAGAAACUAGCACUUAGCCUAGAGUCGGAUCUCUCCACUGAUGAUGACGACAGUAGACAGAUGAUCAUGCAGCUUCUUGGACCGUUGUUCAUCAAACGAUUCAUGGAAAAUGAGGUGCAAAAUCCAAAUGUUCAGGAUCCUAAUGACAUGGAUGCGCUCGAUGCUGAGGCAAAGAAAAGACACCAUCGCUCGACCCAGCUCCUCCUCCGUGAAAAGCUAGACCAAGCCAUUAAAGAGCUCGGAUAUCUCCCCACGUCAUCCAGUAGUACCUCAUCCACACCGUUGCCUCAGGAGCAGAGAGAAGAACGAGACCAGGGAAUGACGGAAAUGCAAACGUUCCUCGAUCACGCGAGGAAAAUCUUCAAUAAUGGUUUGGAAAGAGAGCUUAUGAUUGUGGAGGGUUCAGUUAAAAAAGCCAAUUCAGAGGAAUCAAGGGGGUCAAAUCUCUCCAGCAAUACCAGUGAUCAUCUCGGCAAAUCCUUGUACGUAAUUCUCCAGCGCGACCCAAGCCGACUUGAUGAAGUGUGCCGGCGAAUUUCAGGGCAGCAACUACCGGCAACAUUGCGUGGUUACUUGUGGGCAGAGAUUCUUCUUAGAAUGGUUGAUGAUGGAGGGGCAAGUAAAGACAAACCCUCUGAGAAGAUGACCCGUAAGAGGUUCGCCAAAGCCGUGUCAAAGGGCAAAGUUGACUUGAAGACUACAAGGGCAACUGAGUGUCCAAUUGGUGGUCUGAUUGAGACAGCUGUCAAUGAGAAAUUUGACACAACGCCCUGUAUGGAGGCCUACAGGCCUACAGUCUGUGCCCAGGCUAGGGAAGCACUGAAUGUCUUGUACACGUACAACAGGAGCUAUGAGCCUUUUCUCAUAGCCUGGCUCUUCCCUCUCCAGCUGGCAUUUCAGGAUAGCCAACAAAAAGAGGAGCACCCCUAUGAGUUAGCCUUGUACCUUAACCUCCUGCAGACGCAUGCAUUCCCUAAAUGGCCAGAGGUGUUUGCUAUAGCAGAGCAAGCCAUGGCUCGGCUACAGGCUACUGAUGGGGAUCUGUAUAACCACUUACAAGAAUGUGCAGUCAAGAAUGUCAAACUUGAUCCCAAGGAAUUCCUGGUUCACUUGAUCGACGCUGAGAAGAGGAAGGCUGCUGCACUGAGCUGGAGCACCAAUGCUAACGAUGCAAUGACUGCUACCUCGAAAGAGCUCCUUGCUAAUCCCAUCAUGUUUCUACGCAAGUGGGUUGGAGAGGGGUUUGUAUGCGUACUAAAGACACCAGCAGUGAUGUACGUCUGGGAUCAAUGCUUCACCAGCGGAUGGAACCGGCUUGUCUUUGAGGAUGUGUGUCUCACUCUCCUCAUUUUACUGAAAGAGAAAUUCAUGAAAGCUGGGGACUAUCACCAGAUGAGACAGGUUUUUCUGAGUGAACCUUUCCACGUACUCACUCUUGACCUUGUAAGAACAUAUCAAGAUAUUCAAGCUGGUAAAACACCAAUGGCUUUGCCUGAAGUUCACAGAAAAACACCUCAAUUGCGUGAGCCAUCGGCUGUAAAACCAGCCCAAGAGCCUCAACCCGAGGUCGCUUCUGAAGCACCAAGCGAAGAGGAGGAAGCACCGGAACCAGAACCAGAACCAUCUGAAACGCACAUCAAAUUGUCUAAGGCAGGCCUGAAAAAUAUUGGUCUGAAGCUGAAAUGGAACCUUACAACAAGUCAGUUGGCCGACUUCCAAACUGAAAAGCUCUUCGUCACCGUUAGCCUGAUCCUCAAUGGCAAGACUUUACAAACCAAGAACUGCGACUCAGUAUUCAUAUCAUCCUUUGCAACUGACGGGCAAAGCGAUACCAUUGAAGCAUCCAUUGCACAGACCCCAAAGCAUCGGGUGGCUGUCCCAGUCCCACAGGUUGUGUUUGACGAGGUGGAUUCAACGGAGAUUGUCCAGCAUGGUGGCAAUGCAGACCCUCAUGUUGUACUGUCAAUCCAGUACGGGACCACACCAAAUGAGGGUGAAGAGGAUAGCCAGAUGGAUAGUAAAAAUGCCAUUGGAUGGGCCCUUAUUCCUGUCUAUCAAAAGAGACCUGGAACUUCCCUGGAUGGUGAGGAUAAUGGUGUAGCCCAGACGUCAACUUGGCUCUUUACUGAGGGGGAACAGACUGUACCAUUGUACUUUGGGGAGGUUCCAGAGGAUGUAACUGCGGAGGGAGCAAAGAAGGAAUUCCCGGAGGAAGAUAUAUUACGAGUCGGAUCGGAGAUCGUUGUGACAGUGUUUGAUGGUGAACCCCCUGAAGUUACUGAAGAUGAAGAGCCCCCGCCCCCUGCCGUUGAAGAGGAGCCAGAAGUCGAAGAGGAUCCCGACCCAGCCUGGGUCAAACAUGACCCCAGUAAGGCUGAACCGCACACCACGAUUCCUGCUGCAGAGGGCUUUGAUCUCUAUAUCGAUGGAGUACGAUUCCUGCCAGAUAAUGCAACCAUUUGUAAGGUUACUGGUCGCGUUGUUACACCUGUGGCCAAGGACCGUUCAGACAUAGCAGCCUUUUCCCUUCUAGACACCUCCGCUCGGUGCCCCCAAUUCCACUUUCGCUACAAUGUCCAAUCGGCUGAGGUGACGAAUUUAACCGUGCUCCGAGUCUACACCGUUGACAGGGUCACUGGGACUGUGGUGGUCGUUGGAGCAUCGGUUGUUUCGCUUUACUCGGAUAGUUCUAAUCAGCUAAACCUAGGUGGUUAUCAGUUGAGAGUCCACGCUGGUAUGCCCAAGAUAGAUGAAUUAUCGGCAGAGGCUAUGAGCAAGUUCCCUAGUAUUCCUGGCUGCACGGUGCUGGUACGGAUUCUACCCAAAUCAAAGGAGUUUAUUCCAGCACCAGAAUACACCGGUGGGUAUUACCAAUCAGAUACGAGUGAGCCGACACCUUCCGAACAUCGGAUACUGAAGCACUUUAAGAAGAGUGAAACAACUCCAGAGUCGGUCCGCAUCGAUUUGCAAAACCUAAGAGAAAAGAUGAACUCAACAGAUGUAAUGACAGAUGAUGGGCUGAGUGAGUGGGCAAUGGACAGACUCAAUCAUAAGAAGUGGUCGUCCGAUCCAUCAAAGCCCCCUGAACGCAUAGAUCUGGUGCGUUGUGUCAACUACGACGUGGAUCAUGGAAUCUGUGUGACUGUACUUGGUGCAAAAGCAAUCCAAGGUGAAGGCAAAUACACCAACAUCGUUGCCCGUGUUGUGCCCGGCAGUGAUACACCAAAAGUUCCUGCCUCUGAGAUGGAAAGAUUCCUGGUACAAGAGUUAAAGUCAACGAGCCUGCAGACUGCACCAACUUUCCAGAAUGAACCCAAGAAAAUUUACCCAGUCUAUAGCACCAAAUCAGCCCUGGUCUUUCAAGUGAUUGGGUUGCCAAUCAAGUACAAAAUGGACCCCACUGGUCAGGGCCCUGGGACAGUCACGGACAAGGACGGUACAAGUCCUGUGUCUCUUACUAAGGACUCCAGACUCGGCUGGUGUGUCGUGCCGCUGUUUGAUAAGGGUUGUGUCGCCCAGGGGAUGUACAUCCUACCAAUAUUCAAAGAUGGUGGCAAGCUUUCAUUUUUAAAGGAGUUGUCGGCAGCCCCGGAUUUGUACGGCUGGAUGGUCAGUGCAAUAAGCCGACGAACCAUCACCCUGGAUGGCAGCUUCUCUAGUCUCAUUGUCAGGCUGUGGGACGGUCACUUUGAGAAAGGGGAGACGGUACCCCUCCCUAAUGAAGACAAGUUUCUGAACGUGAACGAUUUCAAGAAAUUCGCUGCAGCAGCUGAGGAGAACAAGGGUCAACCUGUCUCUGACCUCAUCAUACAAACCCCGCCCUCGCAGGAUGGAGCGCUGAGCGAGGCCUACUGGGAAGAAGAAGCCAAGUUUCAGGAAGUCAUGAAGAAAACUUUCAAAGACCUCAUAGACCAGAUGUUUGAACAAGAGAACGCAAUAGCACCAUGAGUGAUUGGAAAGUCACAACUUGUAAAUAAAGACGUCUUUCAAAAUAUGCAGCAGUAAGUGCAUAAUUCUACACUUUAAUGAUACUUGCUAGCUAAGCUUGCCAUUCCCCGAAAACUGUUUGAGUGAAUAUCAGUUUUCAGCUUUUCACUAGUAAAUGAUGAACCAUUGAGUUUUAGGGACCUCUUCUCCCCACCCAGACCACACACAUAGUGGAAGUUUAUGAUGAGCGACACAAGUUCUUGUUUCGUUGUUUGAAUGGACUUGCACCAAGUUGUAUGCUUUUUGGGGUGUCGUGGCCGAGCGGAUAAGGGGACCGAACUCAAGCUCUGGUGUUACUGAUCAGUAGAGUGUAGGUUU